AUGACCACGACGAUACUCCACUCGAAAUACCCGCAAAGAAGUUGCAACGUGUCCUCACGCAGUCUGUCUGAUUACGAUGUUGUUGUCACAAGCUAUGAGACCUUGAGGAAUCUCUAUCAAAGAUGGCUCUUGCAUCGCAGUGCAACACGUGUCAAGAAGGACGGUGAGUUUGCAUGUGGAUCCUAUCAUCUUUCAUCACUCUUGUGUUGUACAGGACGACGAUCAUCGAAACAUCAUCUUUCAUCACUCUUGUGUUGUACAGGACGACGAUCAUCGAAACAAGACAUCAUCGGAGACGAGAGCAUCGACAUCUUCGACACGAGAUGGUGGCGAGUGAUCCUCGAUGAAGCGCGUUGGAUCAAGAACAGAAGAACGACAAGUCAUCGAGCUUGUCGGCAACUGACGGCCAUCAACCGCUGGUGUUUGGCAGCAACGCCAUUGCAGAAUGAUGUGGACGAUAUCCAGCCUCUCUUGCAGUUCCUUAGAGUAGAACCACUCGACAAGUAUUCUACCUGGCUGACAUAUGUCAAGAAGUGA